AUGCGACAUUUUCUUGCCCUUGACACCAUUUGGGCGCUUUUCACGGCAUCGGUGACUCCCAUACCCAUAGCACCACCCGAUGGACUGGACUUUGUCCGACAAGCAUCUUUCAAAUAUGGCGACCCUGCCAAGCUACGAAUCUCAUUAGUAGUCAUAUCCAAGCUCUGCCUAUGUCUGUUGGCAGGGUUACUGGGGUACCGGAUACGCCAGUUCAACCAACAUUUGCUCAAGAACAUGACACUAACACACAUCUACAUCUUUAUUGACUACAUAUCUGCCAUGACCUUUAUCAUCGCGGCUGCAAUUGUUCACAACGGCCUCGGAAUUACAACAGACGCGAUUUGUAAGGUCGCGAUAAGGCUCUGUCUGCUCUUCUACACGGCCGGCAAAGUGAGCAUGUACCUCUUCCUUGUCGAGCGCGUUCACGUUCUAAGAGCUCCUUACCGAUCCCGAUGGAGCGAUUACCUUUGGCUGCUCAGCACCAUUGGUAUCUUUGUCAGUCUUGGGGCCAUUGGUGUGGCUGGGUUUGUCGUGCCCAUCACUUCACUCUCCAAAGACGACGGCCGCUGCCGAAUCGGCCUGCAACCAUACGCCAUCAUACCGUUGCUAAUAUGCGACAUUGUCAUCAAUGUGCUCCUCACUCUUAUCUUCAUCUACCUUCUUAGCCCCGUGAUAAGACGAAGCCGACCUUCUGGCGCGGGAUUUGCUAGCCGAUUAGCUCGGGCAACCGGGAGCCUCUGUGGACGGGCAAAGCAGAGAAUAGCCGUCAAUCUUCACCCAGCCAACCAACGUCUAGUACGAAGAGUGGAAAGGCUGUUGUUCAAGACACUAGUAGGAUGCUUCUUGGUUGUGUUACCUGCUUCUGGCAACCUCACUGCUUUGUGGGUUUACCAAGGAAAGAUGCCAGCGUUUAUGUGCUUUACAAUCUGCAUAUUUGACGUCACAUGGGCAGCUGUGGUGCUCCAUUGGCUCACUAUGGCCAGUGCAGAUAAAAGAGAGAGUGGAGCUGCAAUGUGA